AUGACCCGACCUAAUCUCCCUCCACCAACCUCUGCUCUUCCUCAAUUGCCAGUCUCCAGGUUACGAACCCCUGUGACUGUGUCUGAGUCCUCUCGAGAACAAGUUGCCCCUCCAACGGCCUCUACACUCGCUCUCAAGAACCCUUCGAAGCUCGUCAAAUCAUCUACCUCCCCAAGCACCAGUCACGCGCCCUCUAGCCCGAAAACACCAACUCUACGGUCCGAUCCCGCCAGCCAGGCUCACAGCCAAGUGGAAGGUUCGUCGACAGACAAAGAGAUUCGACGCUCUGUCAGUAUUGCGAAUUUUCCCCAACCUCCCAAAGUCAGGAGGACUGGUCUCGACAGCAAAUACUCAACGGCCACGCAUUCCUUGAUAUCCGAAGCAACCGCACAAAGCAAAGACGGAGGUGGUACGCCGCCCGGUAGCUUGAGGAUCAAAAGACUAAAAACAAAGGCGUCAACAGAUGGGCUUAGUCAAAUGUACAGCGGAGGGCCAACCCCUACUCUUCUGGACGGAAGUGGCGAUGGUAAAGCAAUAUCCAGUACUUCAGAACCAAGAGUGUCAAAUGAUCUCGUCAGUCUGCGGUCACCGCCACACAGCCGAACUUCUUCUGCUCAAGGGUCUUACUCUACUUCAGCAACAACGUUUGAAGACACGGAUGACAAGAGGGCCAGAGAAGAAAGUCACGUCAACAAAGAGGAUGGAAGUAAGAGAAGGGAUUCUGGCCGAAGAGAAUAUGAGGGGAAGGGCAAUGUGAUUGUUAGCGUGCGUGUACGACCCGAUGCAGGCGCGGAAAAGUCGUCAGGCAAGGAUUGGAUGGUGGAUAGCCGGCAGUCUCUCGUGGCCUACAGGGGAAGAGAGGGUGGGGAUUAUUACUAUGAUAAUGUGUUCGCGCCUUAUGAUCAAAAUCACAAAGUUUAUGAUGCGUCAGCGAAACGGCUUGUACGCCGUGUAAUGGAGGGCUACCAUGGAACAGUGUUUGCUUACGGUAUGACGGGGACUGGCAAAACCUUCUCCAUGCAAGGAACCGCAACAUCACCAGGAGUGAUACCACUAGCUAUAACCGACAUAUUUUCUUUCAUUCGCGAAACACCGCAUCGGGAAUUUUUGCUACGAGUUAGCUACCUAGAAAUCUAUAACGAGAGGAUUCAUGAUCUGUUGAAGCCGCCGAUGGAAGCCGGCAUUGGACCAGGAUCGCCACAGCCAGAAGAGAUCAAACUUCGUGAGGACCCAAAGCGAGGGUUUUUGCCAGUCCGUUGA